UCAAGCAAUUAGAAAUAAAACUAAAUGAUCAAGAUGUUGUUCUUCGCAGAAGGGGCCGCGACAGCCGCAGCGGUUCAUCCUCCCGCGGCCCAGGGCGGUGGAGAUACUCUCCUGGCAACUACCUCGUCGUCCCCGUGGAUGUUUCGCAAAGUGGAGCGCAUGAGCCGGAUCCUCGGAGCGUGGCUCUUGCCGCAACACCAAAACAUGACUGAGUACAUGCUGCGCGAGGGCGGGGUGCGAUACAAUACUUACGAGUACUACAACUACGACCAGAAGGAGAUUAUAAGGAGGGUCGACGAUGAACAUACAGUUACAGAUGAAGACCACGACGCAGAGAACACGACGUCGACCACUGUUUUCCACUUGGAUAGCGAAGGAGAGGCCCACGACGGAUCUGCUCUACUCCAGGAUGACGAUGAUAUCCACCGUCAUGGUUACGACUACUUCCACCGGGAGAUUUUUGCGGGACGCAGGAACCGCUACGAGCUCCUCCUCGAGCAAAGCCAAGAAACCGACCUGCGACCGGGAGGACGAGGGGGUCAUGGAGAACCUCCACAGGACCACCAGGCGCCGAGGGCGACGCUCUCGACGAUUUCUAUUUCUGCACACACACACUGUGCCUGUCGCGACAUGCCCGAGACCAUCAGCUUCUUCACCAAUGCUUUCGAUUCUUUCUUCCGAAAGUCGGGAGGAGGAACUACGAGUGAUGGUACUACUCCGGUGCCGCCAAGUGACCAGUCCCGGG